AUGCAAUCUCAACUCACCCUCGUAGAACCGCUACCAGGCAUCUUCGUGGAGCCCGGCGUUCUACAACCUGCAUCGACAUCGAAACUUCUCUACCUCACGCCCGACAAUGUCAAGAAGUGCACCAUUACACUUGACUUGAAAGAUCCAGGGCAGACACAAUAUAUCGUCGACAGUAACUUAGAGUUAACACAUAUGCAUGUUCGACGACCAUAUGACCCACCCGAUCAGCCCCUCGCUGCCCUCCACCGAAGAGAAUUCUUGUCAGACACGAUCUCGUUUCGUGGCGGUGAUAAAAUCAAAGUGAAGAACUGGCUGAAACCGCUGAAGACGGUCAAUACAUUUCCCGCCGCUUUCGAAGAAAACGGCAAUACCUAUGUUUGGGAUGCUAGCAUAGUUGGGCAGCUUUCGAUGUUCAAAGCUUCGGAGCCUGAUGCUCCGAUCGCUUGGUUCCAAGGUUCUCGCAAGAUGGUGAUGGAUGGAGUCCCGACGGUCCUACCAGCAUUCCUUGUCCUCCAACCCGAUGCCGCCGACAUGCAGGACUUGACGGUAGUAUCAUUCCUGAUUCUCGAACAAAAAGCGAGGAUGUCUAGCAAGCGAACCGAGCUUACUACCGGGUUGGCCGUAUAUGGUGCAUCGACAAUUGAUGGUUUCUAA